AUGGUGCGCCUCGAGCUCGUCGAGAAGCGCGCGCACGACCAGAUCGCGACGUGCGCGACCUGGGCCCCGACGAACGUGCUCUACUCCUGCUCCGACGACAAGGACAUCCUCAAAUGGGGCGUCGACGGCGAAUCCGCGGGCAAAUGCGCGCAGCUCGACACGUACCCGACGUCCAUCGCCUGGAUGCCGAACAUCGGCAAGGGCGCGUCGGACGUUUUCGCCCUGUCCUGCGCCGACGGCACGCUGCGCCUCAUGACCGGCGGCGGCCGCGAGGAGAAGAAGGUCGCCGCGCACCACGGCGCCGCGCUGCGCGUCGUCUGGAACUUCGAGGGCAGCGCGCUCUACAGCGCGGGCGAGGACGGCGAGAUCAAGGUCUGGAGCAAGUCGGGCAAUCUAAGAUCGACCCUCGUCAAGAAGGACCACCCCAUCUACAGCUUCGCGACGGGCCCCGGCGGCGACCAGGUCGCGUUCGUGUGCGAGCGCAAGAUCCACGUCGAGCCCGUGGGCGAGCGCAAGAACUCGACGAGCUGGGUCGCCCACGACCAGGUCGUGCUGGCCCUCGACUGGAACCACGUCACGGGUUUGCUGGUGUCCGGCGCGGAGGACUGCAAGUACAAGGUCUGGGACCACUUUGGCCGCCAGCUCUACCAGUCGCAGCCCUUCGCGCACGUCAUCACGGCCGUCGCCUGGAGCCCCAACGGCGCCUACUUCGCCGUGGGCGCCUACAACAUGCUGCGCCUCUGCGACAAGACGGGCUGGAGCUGCUGCCGCGAGCGGCCCAACUCGGGCUCCAUCCUGUGCUCCGUCAUGGACCUCGCGUGGACGUCCGACGGCACGCAGCUCGUCGGCGCGGGCGGCAACGGGUCCGUCGUCUUCGGCAACCUCGUGGAGCGCAAGCAGGAGUGGAACAACUACGAGGCGACGCUCGUGGGCCAGCGCCAGAUCCAGGUCCAGGACGUGCUCAACGAGACGUACGAGUCGCUCGACUUCAACCGCGACCGCGUCGUCGAGAUGGCGCUGGGCUACGGCUACCUCGUCGUGUCGACGACGACGCAGUGCUUCGUCUACAGCGUGUCGAACUUCAACACGCCCUACAUCUUCGACUCGCCCGAGACCGUGAGCCUCAUCGAGCUCGCGGAGAAGUUCUUCCUCGUGCUCACGCCCAGCGCGAUCACGGUCUACUCCUACGACGGCCGCAAGGUGAGCCAGCCCCGCUUCCACGGCCUGCGCACGGAGUCGCUCUCCGCGAGCUCGCUGUCGCUCGCGGCGGACUGCGUCGCCGUCAUCGACCCGAGCGACCGGAAGCAGGUCCGCUGCUGCGACGUGUUGACGGGCAAGCCCAUGGGCGACCCCAUCGCCCACAAGGCCGAGGUCGUCUACGUGGCCCUGAACCAGACGCCCGUCACCUCGGGCUCCGUCGAGCGCCAGCUCAUCGUCAUCGACCGCAACGCGGAGCUCUUCUUGUAUCUGGUGUCCACGGGCAAGAGCUACAAGCUCCACACGCAGGUCGACACGGCGGCCUGGAACGCGACGUCGGAGUCGCUCUGCGCCAUCGCCGACGGCCGGCUGUUGGUGUGGUGCUACCCGGCCAUCGCGUUCACGGACCGCGACCUGCUGCCGAGGACGCUGACGACGAAGGACGGCGCGGAGUUCGGCAAGCUGUCGACGAUCGUGUCCUUCAACGCGUCGCGCAUCACCGUGCGCCGCGCCGACGGCGCCGUCGUCUCCGCGGCCGUCGCGCCCUACGCGGCGCUGCUCUACACGUUCGGCGCGGCCGCGCGCUGGGACGAGUCGAUGCGGCUCUGCCGCUUCGUCGAGGACGAGGGCUGCUGGUGCAUGCUCGCGGCCAUGGCCAUCAACGCGCGCAAUUUGGACGUCGCGGAGAUCGCGCUCGCGGCCGUCGAGGAGGUCGACAAGCUCCAGUACGUGCUCUACAUGAAGAAGAUCCCCUGCCCGGAGGCGCAGUCCGCGGAGCUCGCGCUCUACAAGCGGCGGCCCGACGACGCGGAGCGCAUCCUCCUCCAGGCGACGCCGCCGCUGCUCUACCGCGCGAUCAAGAUGAACAUCCGCCUCUUCCGCUGGGACCGCGCGCUCGAGAUCGCCGUCAAGCACCGGUCCCACGUCGACACGGUGCUCGCCUACCGCGCGAAGCACCUCGAGGCCUUCAAGAAGACGGAGACCGACGAGCGCUUCAAGCAGCUCGCGUCGUCCGUCCAGUGGAGCUGGGACGAGGUCAAGGCGAAGAAGGACCUCGAGAAGCGCGAGGAGGCCGCGCGCCACGGCAAGUCCUACGAGCCGUCCUCGUCGUCGUCCGCGCCCCGCGACGAGGGCAAGGACGACCACAAGUGA